AUGGGAUGCAUAACGAUUAUCAAAGCACUUCUCACGAGGAUUCUGUUUGCUGGUCAUAGCUUUAUAACGAUUUGGAGAGUGGUGGGACUAUUGGACAAUCCCUACUACUGGGGUUUGAGCGGUGGGCUGCUGCUUCUCAUUAUAGAGACCUUCUAUACUUUGAUCAAGAGAAAGGGCUAUGACUAUAAAUGGGUUAGUCCCGCCUUUUUCUUCUACUUGUGUUCGUCCGUGCCAGGGAUCUGGUUCCUUGAGUUAGAUCGGCUGACGAGGUACCAAAACGAAGUGAGCAACUUCACACCUUCAACAUCAGCCCCGAGAGGAGGAAAAACGAAUGGUACAGAAGAUACGGGCAAUCAGAAUGUUGGUCUUGCAUCACUUAAUGGGGCGACCAUUCCCAUCGAAUUCAGUCCUGACAUGUGGGUGCUCGUCAUAGAACAAUCAUUGAUGUUCUUGCUCGUGAUUGGACGAUGGCUGCUUCCGAAAGGUGACAUAACACGUGACCAACUCUCACAACUCCUAUUCGUCUACAUCGGUUUGGCGUCGGAUAUCAUGGAACUAUUUGUUUUGUUCGACGAAAAGCAAGUACUGCUUCACCCCUUUCUUUCGUAUAUAAUUCUAAGCAUCUGGACAAUUAGUUUGAUGCAAUUUGUACUGGUGUUGACUGCUACGAAAGCUAGGCGAAAGAAGAUUGCGCUGAUUCGCCCAACGGCGAAUGAAGAUGGAGAUGGGGAUGAUGGAGAGUGCUCCGGCUGCUGUGGAGGUAAAUGCUGCGAAAAUGAGGUCUGGAGUAUCCUUAUCACAGUUCUCCUCCAAGAUGCCCCAUUCCUCUCCCUGAGGUUGUACGUAAUGGUCACCUUCAAUCUUUUCAAUUACACCAUCCUGUUUUUUACGGUCAAAAACGCGUUGGUGAUUGUCCUGCAGUUUUACCGUUUGGUCGUAGUCACGUGUCUUAAGGAAGAAAAUGUCAGCGAUGAUGACGAGGAAAGCGGAAGUGACGGCUUUGAUAACAAGGCUUUUGAUGAUGAUGGCGCUGAACUCAUUGAUGAAAAAUCCUGGUCAAGGCAACCACCUCCCACUGGUGAAUUAAAGCGAAGGUCACCAGUAGGAGCCGCAGCAGGAGUCAGUGCAGGGCAUGAUGGCACUGCUUGUGGAGAACGAUUCCGCCAGGUUGAUUCUCCAGCAUUGUCCAAGGCUUCGAAGCAAAGCAGUAGUUUGUCGUCAAUUUGUAGUCAACCAUCUUUCCUUGGUUUGACGGAUUCUGGGACGGCUACAGUCACAGCGGCUUCAGUGAAGGCAGGGCAACCUAAUACACCUGGGUCAGUUCGACUGGUUAGGGUUGCAUCUGCAAGGUCUAACGUCGUUGGACCGCAGGCUACACCUGCACCAGAAGGAGGAGAAAAAGACCACGUGGAUAUUUCAGGUGUGGCCAAAGCAAGUUUGCCACCGAUACAGACACAACCUACACCAGCAAAAAGAAACGGCCGCGUGGGGAAUCAAGUGGAGGGCAAACUAGAAUUGUCACCGAUGCAGACGCAGCCUCUGACCCUUGUCAAAGUGCAGCCUACUCCAAAUGUGCCGCCUCGAGUUAAGAAACAUGCUAGGUCUCCACCAUCGUCGGCAAAGAUUCAACCUUCUUCAACGAUUAUUUCACUAACGGGCGAUCGUGGGACCACUGCUUCGCCGGACAUCAUCACAGGUGUAUCAAAUACGCCACCUCCAAUCGAUACGUCAAGCACUAAAUUGAAGAAGACAAGUGCUCUUAAGCCGAAUGCUGAAAAUGACAUGAGGUUAUUAGAUUACGAAGACACAGCUCUGGAAAUAGAAGAAAUUGAAGACAUCAUGAAUACGAUUGGCGCAGACGUGGCCCCACAGGAACCGGAAGUGAAGGCAACUAGCGGAAGUGAUGUCGUGAAGUCUACAGGAAGUGGUGUAGUUGCGGAACACGACCAAUCGCAGGCUUGUUUCAUUGCGGAUGUUGAACAAUCAGAAACAGUCGGAGAUGGUCAUGAAGACGUAGUUGACAAAGAAUUGGAAGAGUUGUUCGAGACGACGAAGGAUGGAGAAGAAAACGAAAUAGAUAGCGAUGGUGACGUAGAUGUUGUCGAGGCAAGCGCCUCAGUUGUAGACGAUAGGAAGGUUCAGACAGUGAUUGAGUUAGAUGCUGAUGAGGGUAUAGUUACUAAAGAGUCAGACACUUAGAAGUGAGUUUCCUCGGACUCUCGGCUUGCAAUAAAGAGGCCCCUGGUUCGGAUAAUA